AUGUCACCAAAGGCUGCACCUCUUAAACCUAAGAUAUCAGCAGAACAAGAGUGGGUUAAGAGGAGCCAAAGGCGUAGGCCCCAAUUACCAACCAAUGAGAAGGCUAACCAGCUCAUAGACGCAAAGUUAGAACUAGCUAGAGCAGCCAAAGAAGAGCUGGAGCUGGAGCGAGUAAGAAAAGGUGAGCUGUUUGAGGUGGAGAAACGGAAGAAACUGCUUGAGGAGGAGAUGCUCAAACUUCAAGCACUACACUUCACUUUUUUAUUUGAAUUCUCAGUAUCUGUGGGGCAAGUGCAUCCCCUUUUUGUUCUUAUGAAGUUUGUUUGCAUCUAUAUUUGUUUGAUUCAGAGAAAAUGA